AUGCUAGGAGCCAAGACCGCCGCCUUUGCCGUCGCCGCAACGCUGGCUCUGGCCAAGACGCAGGCCGAGAUUGCCGCUCAUCUGCGUGUGCGCGUCCACUCCAAGACCACGUGCCCCAGUGGCCAGGAAAGUAUCGGAGUCGUGGGUUGGUCCCAGGACGGCUGUGUCACCUCGGGCAAUGUGUGUGUUGCCAACAUCAACGGUGCCUGCCCGUCGGGAGCCCACUGCGAGAUGCUGGACACGGGCGUGUACGGAUGCGCGGACGGUGCUGCUUCCAAUGAGACCUCGAGCUCGACUGGCUGUAAUGGCAAUGAGCAGACUAUCGGCGUUGUUGGCUGGGACCACGACGGCUGCAUUGACUCGGACAACGUCUGCGUCGCUCAGGUGAGCAAUGGUGACUGUCCGUCGGGAGCUUCUUGCCAGAAGCUAGACACUGGUGUGUACGGCUGUGUGGCCUCAUCCAAGCGCCACCACCACCACCACAAGCACCACAAGUCGAGCGUGACGUGCCCGAGCGGCCAGGAGAGCAUUGCUGUUGCCGGUUGGUCUCAGGACGGCUGUGUCGCCUCGGGCAAUGUGUGUGUUGCCAACGUCAACGGUGACUGCCCGUCGGGAGCCCACUGCGAGAUGCUGGACACGGGCGUCUACGGAUGUGCGGACGGUGCUGCUUCCAAUGAGACCUCGAGCUCGACUGGCUGUAAUGGCAAUGAGCAGACUAUCGGCGUUGUUGGCUGGGAUCACGACGGCUGCAUUGACUCGGACAACGUCUGCGUCGCUCAGGUGAGCAAUGGUGACUGUCCGUCGGGAGCUUCUUGCCAGAAGCUAGACACUGGUGUGUACGGUUGCGUCGCCAGCUCCAAGCGCCACCACCACCACAAGCACCACAAGGCGACCGUGACCUGUCCGAGCGGCCAGGAGAGCAUUGCUGUUGCUGGUUGGUCGCAGGAUGGCUGUGUCGCUUCGGGUAACGUGUGUGUUGCUAACACCGACGGUGCCUGCCCCACGGGAGCUCACUGUGAGUGGCUAGACACUGGCGUCUUCGGCUGCAAGGAUGGCCCUGAGGAAGCUGCUUCGACUGGGUGCAACGGCAACGAACAGACUAUUGGUGUUGUUGGCUGGGACCAUGAUGGCUGCAUUGACUCGGACAACGUGUGUGUUGCUCAAGUGAGCAACGGUGCCUGCCCUCAGGGCGCGUAUUGCUCUCUCCUGGACACUGGCGUUUACGGAUGCGUUGCCAGCUCGAAACACUAAGUGCAGUGAUCUGGUUAGACUUUAAAGUACUCAUAAUGGUGCUCGCGAGUCGUUUUGUAAGAUCGAUUCAUAUUCUUUACCAGACGCGUAUACAUCUUUUG